AUGCAUUGGUGUAAUCUAAGGAUGAUAAUAGCAAAACAAUACCGUUGCAUUCACUCAGCGACUUGUCAUUGCACGAAAGGACAUAUCAGCGAAGAAGUGUUGUUCCUUAUGGUUCAGCAUCUGAACUGGAAUCCUAACGUGAUCGCGACUCUAUCUUGCGUCUGUAAAUGGUUCGAUGAUCUAGCCAAACGGAUACUGUGGAAAGAGUUCUGCAGAGCCAGAGCACCGAAGAUGAUGUGUGACCUUCAGUCUAGUGGUAGCCACAGUGUUGAUGGGAGCUGGAGAGCACUUGGGAAGCUUCUGAUCUUCUGCUCUGGUUCGAGCAAAGGCGGGCUCUUCAACGAUGUUCAGAUCCCGGGUCAUUUCGUUCACAGAACACGGUUCUCGAGAACCUCGGGGAGAAGCUUUCUUCCUCCACAGUGCCGGAACGAUGACAUUCUCUAUGUCUCUGAUCCUUGUGAGCAUCUGGAUCAAGGAGAAGUCGGAGAUUUAGGGUUCUUCCGAGGGUUUUUCAAGUCGUUUUCGAUGUCGAAGGUGAGGAAGCUGCUUAUUAGGAAAGGGACAUCGUUUCAUCCCACAGAGGUUUGUCCUUAUUGCAAGGCUAAGCUUUGGAGUAUGCUUCAGGCGAAGAUGAUACCACAGAGUGCUAGCUGUAGAUUGGGUGCUUAUGAAGAUAGCAUUGAGUAUUAUGUUUGUCUCAAUGGACAUAUGCUUGGAGUUUGCACUCUCUUACCGUUGUCCGAUUCUGAAGGAGCAUCUGAAUUUCAGUGAGUGACUACACAAGUUUCCCUUUACAGAAGUUAAUGAUUGUAGCCUCUCUGUUUCUUUCUGGCUGGUGAAUUGUUGUUAGCUGGACUUUGGGAUCAUCACUUUGCAUAGAGUUGGUGUGAAGUUGUAAAGAGAGCUAGCAAUUUCAGAUUUCACAUAUUCUCUCAAAUCUAUCAUUGUUGUUACAGUGCAUGUAUAUGUAUGAAACAUCAUUUAUUUCUGCUAAAAUUUAUGAUCAUUUGACCCAAAUAACGUUGAAAUCUCUUCUCGGAA